GCACGCUUGCUUUAGCGAAGGUCCCAUCCCAAGAAACGUGUCCCACGCGCCACGCCGUCGGUUUCCAGGGCAACCCGGAGCCUCUCCGUAACCCCGCGCGUAACCUUGGUCCUUUCCUGGAGCCCCCAGCCUGGCCAUGACGGCCGCGGGUCCCAGCGUCUUCCUACUCAUGGUCAACGGGCAGGUGGAGAGCGCCCAGUUUCCAGAGUAUGAUGAUCUCUACUGCAAGUACUGCUUUGUGUAUGGCCAGGACUGGGCCCCUACGGCGGGUCUGGAGGAGGGCAUCUCACAGAUCACGUCCAAGAGCCAGGAUGUGCGGCGAGCGCUGGUGUGGAACUUCCCAAUUGACGUCACCUUCAAGAGCACGAACCCCUACGGCUGGCCGCAGAUUGUGCUCAGUGUAUACGGACCAGACGUGUUUGGGAACGAUGUGGUCCGAGGCUACGGGGCAGUGCACGUGCCUUUCUCACCUGGCAGGCACAAAAGGACCAUCCCCAUGUUUGUCCCCGAAUCCACGUCUAAACUGCAGAAGUUUACGAGCUGGUUCAUGGGACGCCGGCCCGAGUACACAGACCCCAAGGUGGUGGCCCAGGGUGAAGGCCGAGAAGUGACCCGCGUGCGCUCACAGGGCUUUGUCACUCUCCUCUUCAACGUGGUGACCAAGGACAUGAGGAAGCUGGGCUACGACACUGGGCCUCCUGACACACAGGGCACCUCGGGGCCCAGCCCGCCCCAGGGCAUCCCCCGGUGAAGGCCCGCACUGGGCCAAAGCCACAGCCACUGAAUUUGGCCAUGCCGCCGCCAGAGAACGCAGGGCUGUCCUUUUGGAGAGCUGGCCAGGGAUCCAGCUGCUUGAUGUGCAGCCUCGGAGGAGCUAGGAGGGUGGGGUCGGAUUUUUAUAUAAUAAAGCAUCACCUUUCCCCAGAGCCCAGGCCCGGAGCUGCCUCCUCUCCCUCCCUUCGGCCCUGCCCCCCACUCCUUGGGAGCAGGUCACUGGGGCCGGCCUGCCUGCCUCCCUGAGCUGGACCAGGACCUGUCCCCCGCCCCAUACUGCUUAGGGCACAGAAGCUGUCCGGAGAGGCACACGAGACAGCCACCUGGGUUGUGAGCUCUGGUUCAGCCCUGCUUGGGGCUGUGCGACCCUCCCCACACGCCUCCCUAACACCGGAGGGAGAUGACAGGGUUUCGGGGCUCAGGAGCACCUGGCCCUUGUGCGAGGAGAAGAGAAUCAGAUCGGUGGGAGCCGCAGGGAGAGGCCCCCCGUAGCCCAGACACCAGGGCUGAAAUCCUCCCAGAAGCCGGAAGCUGCUGGAAUCCCAGCUCUCUGGGCUCACAGCAGGAGAGGAGAGUGGGCCCCUGCACCCAGCAUCCAGCGCUCAGCACACAGGUAGCGGAGCCAGCCACACACAGGUCCCCGCGGCACUGCUGUGGCAGUCACCCUCCCAGCCUGUCCCCACUCUUCCCCCGGGCACAGGGCCUGCAGCCCCCUGAUCUGCUCUCCACUUGCAUCUUUUUUAAAAAAAGAUUGGUUUUUUUUAAGUAAUAUCUAUCCCCAGCGUGAGGUUGUUCGAUUCAAUGGGAGCCACGAAGCCCCCGCCGCCCAGCCUCAAGACCACCAGCCUUGCCACCACCCCCCCAUUGCCCUGGCCAUCCGUGGACCCUGCCCUGCGACAGCACUGUGCCCACCCUGCCCCGCCCCUCCUCUCACUUAGCUCUCUGGACACCGAAAGUCUGUGCGGCCCAGCCGGUCCCUCCCAGCCAGCUCCCUGUGUGCUCUGUGACUCGUACAACAUUCCUGAUUCUGACCCUCUUCUCUGAAUGGAAAGUUCCCUCCACCUAGGUCCUGUGCUGAAGCCCACACUGGCCCUCACGGCCCUAUUCUGCUGCCCCAGCCCGUGGAUCCUGGGGCUGGAGGGAUUUGCGUCUGGACCCCUACUGGCAUCUCCACCUCCCCGUCCCAGCUCCCCUGACGCCCAGGGCCGGUGACCCAACUACCAAAGCCCA